AUGUACUACACCGACUUUGAGGGCUCUGUCUUCCCAGGAUGCUACUGGGGCAGCUACGGCUACCCACUGGGCUACAGUGUUGGCUGUGGCUAUGGUAGCACCUACUCUCCAGUUGGCUAUGGCCUUGGCUACGGCUACAAUGGCUGUGGGGCUUACAGAAGAUACUGGCCAUAUGCUCUCUACUGA